CACGGGCAAGGAGGCAUUCUUGGGAUUAUAGUCUCUUUAAGAAAAGAGCUGCUACUUCAGCCUGGCGUGGGUCUUGUAGAAGAGAUGAACGGAAAGCGGCCUGCUGAGCCCGGUUCUGACCGGGCGGGGAAAAAAGGAAAGAAGGAGGUGAUGGCGAAGUUUUCGGAUGCUGUCACAGAGGAAACUUUGAAAAAGCAAGUGGCUGAGGCCUGGAGUCGCAGGACGCCAUUCCGCCACGAAGCGAUUGUCAUGGAGAUGGACCCCUUUCUUCACUGUGUGAUCCCAAACUUCAUCCAAAGCCAAAACUUCUUGGAAGGACUUCAGAAGGAACUUUUGAACUUGGACUUCCAUGAAAAGUAUAACGAUUUAUAUAAGUUCCAGCAGUCUGAUGAUCUGAAGAAGAGAAGAGAGCCCCACAUCUGUGCUUUAAGGAAAAUUCUGUUUGAACAUUUCCGGUCUUGGAUUUCAGACAUUUCCAAGAUUGACCUGGAGUCAACCAUUGACAUGUCCUGUGCUAAAUACGAAUUCUCAGAUGCCCUGCUCUGUCACGAUGACGAGCUGGAAGGGCGCCGGAUCGCCUUCAUUCUUUACCUGGUUCCUCCCUGGGAUGCCAGCUUGGGGGGCACCCUGGACCUGUUCAGCGUUGACGAACACUUUCAGCCGAAGCAGAUUGUCAAGUCCCUUAUCCCUUCGUGGAACACACUGGUUUUCUUUGAAGUGUCUCCAGUAUCCUUUCACCAGGUGUCUGAGGUCUUGUCCGAAGAAAAGUCACGUUUGUCCAUCAGCGGCUGGUUUCAUGGUCCUUCACUGACCAGGCCCCCCACCUACUUUGAACCUCUCAUAACUCGGAGCCCUCACAUCCCGCAAGAUCAUGAAAUUUUGUAUGAUUGGAUCAACCCUACUUAUCUUGACAUGGAAUACCAAGCUCAAAUUCAAGAAGAAUUUGAGGAAAGCUCUGAAAUUCUCCUAAAAGAAUUCCUUCAGCCUGAGAAAUUUGCAGAGGUGUGUGAGGCUUUGGAGAGAGGAGGUGUGGAAUGGAGCAGCCGAGGUCCCCCUAACAAAAGGUUUUAUGAGAAGGCGGAGGAGAGCCAGCUUCCUGACAUCCUGAGGGACUGCAUGGCGCUGUUCCGCUCCGAGGCCAUGUUCCUGCUGCUCUCCAACUUCACAGGCCUGAAGCUUCACUUCCUGGCGCCUUCAGAAGAAGAUGAGCCCGAGGACAAAAAGGAGCGAGACGCAGUCUCUGCUGCUGAGAACACCGAAGGAGGGACUGGUCACAGCUCUUCUGAGCCAGAGAACAGUCGGGCGGCCACCAGCGACAGCAGUCUACAGAGCGAUGGACCAACAGACCCAGAGCCAGAGGAGGACGAAGGAAAGAAAGAAUCAGGUGUUCCCACAUGCCAGGGGGAACUGAGGCACUGGAAGACCGGUCACUACACUUUAAUCCAUGACAACAGCAAGACUGAAUUUGCCCUGGACUUACUGCUCUACUGUGGCUGUGAAGGCUGGGAGCCAGAGUAUGGUGGCUUUACCUCCUACAUUGCCAAAGGAGAAGACGAAGAGCUGCUAACAGUGAAUCCAGAAAACAACUCUUUGGCACUGGUCUACAGAGAUAGAGAAACUCUGAAAUUUGUCAAGCACAUUAACCACCGAAGCCUAGAACAAAAGAAAAGCUUCCCAAACAGAACAGGUUUCUGGGACUUUUCAUUUGUCUAUUAUGAAUGACAAAGCAGGGCAAAGCUGGAAAAAGACCUUUCCUGAGUACUGGCACAGCCAGAAGAGUUAAGACAUCGCAUGAAGGAGAGCCACAAGGUGACCUGUGUGACAGCGGUCUUAAAAACUGAGUGUGGCUGUCCUUUAGUAGGGCUCAUGAUGAUUGUCGUCAGUUUAGACCUUGAGCUGGGAGCUAGGUACUUACCUCUUGAUUUUUUUUUUUUUAAGGGUUUUGUCUUUAACAUUCAGUUCUUCAUUUUCCAUAUUGGCUUCUUCAAUGAUUAAAAACUUUCUGUGGUAAAAUAUACACGACAUAAAGUGUACCAUUUUAACCAUUUUGAAAUGUACAGUUCAUUGGCAUUAGUACAUUCACGUGGUCCUGCAGCCUUCACCACCAUCCAUCUGCAGAGCUUUCCCACCCUCCCCAGCUGCACCUCUGUCCCCAUUAAAUAGUAACUCCCUGCUUUCCCCUCCCUAGCCUGUGGAAGCCACCAUUCUACUUUGUCUCUAGGUAUCUACUAACUCAUGUUCCUCAUAAGACAAAUAAUAUUUGUCUUUUUGUGACUGGCUUAAUUUCACUUAGUGUAAAAUCUUCAAGCUUCAUCCAUGUUUCCAGUGGUUGAUUUUUUAAAAGUAUAUAUAUAUAUAUAUAUAUAGUCAUAAAUUUAUGACUAGUUUCUGUCCUUCCCAAUCUCAUUGGUUUAGAAGAUUAUAGAACCUCACACCCCCUUUGAUUCUGGGCCCCUCUGGCUUCCUCCCACUGCCUAUGGCUUUGUUUCACUGUGACUCUGGACUAUAUAGACUUAAGACAAUGUUUAGUAUAUUCCCUUGGAAAAAAAGCCUGGUCUGAAACCACGUGGCCCCGAGAGACUUCUGGUCAGUGACAAGGGUGGCUACCUGUGCCCUGUGCAGUGGUUUCCAGGUGCCCACGACUGCUCCACACUGGAGUCGAGCCUCCAGUGUAACCAAAUGAUUCUAAUCUCAUAUGUGACUUUCAUUUCCCAAAUACUGUAGGGUCAUCUGUCAAACUAGCCUUUCUUUAAGAGACCAGAUGUUAAAGGCCAUAUCAGAAUGCCAAGCAGCUGUCCUCUGUUACAUUCUUCUUCCCCUGCACUGUUCAGGCGGCUGGUAUGAUGCCUUCCGCCUGUGCGCGUGGGUGUGCGUGGGUGGGCGCUCACUGUCACUGCAUCACGAGGUGAAAGAUGCGCUUCUCAUUCCAUUCCAGUGUGGUCUCCUUGCUGACUUUCUCUUUUUUACAUUUAUUAUGAGCUACUGCAGUAGCUUUUAUUUUGGAUUUUACAAAUUAGUAGGAAAAGCAUUGGGCUUUGUCCUUUUUAAUCUCCUAAAACUUUGAGUACUAAAAUUUGCAUUUAAGUGAAGACAGUUUCACUUUCUUUAGGCUGAUGGUUUCAAAAUUUUGAUCUUGCACCUCAAUCGGUAAAAAAAAAAGUUUUAGCAUGUAUGUUUAUUAUAUGGGGUAUUUAUAAAUUUUACACAUUUCCUUUACUAAUAUUCAGUAUUGGUUGUUAUAAAACAGUAGUUUUUAAAAGAUGAACUAAAAUAAUACCUAGAACUGGUUCUUAUAUAUUGUCUUUCCCAUUGACAUGGUGGGAACCGUUUUUCAUGUGGUUUGGGGACCACAAUAUUUUAACCAUAGCAUAGUGACACUCAGGUGGGAUUACAACUACUGCUUUGUUUUUGUUGGUUUAAAUUUCCAAGCUUGCUUUUUAAGUUCCUGCAGACUGAAGGUCAUCCUGUAAUAUUACUUUUGAUAACAUAAAAAUAUGUUUAUGUUAGUGGCAUAAACCCAGGAAUAGGGCUGAGCAGGUGUGUGCCAAUUAUGGAAAACAGUUUGAGACUCAUUGUUCUAGGUAACAUCUAAGAGCCCUGGAGCACUGAGUCUUAAGUCUUAGCAUCCUACACAAGCAUUAAAAUGUACUUAUUACAUUCUCCUUAA